CCCUAUCCAUCGCCAUUACUACAGUAAUGGCUGCGUCCUCGUGGAGUGCAUGCGCGUAAGGAUUUCUAUAAGUUUCAGCCUUUUUCAGAGUUAAAUAUUUGAUAAAAAAAAAGUUGAAGACAAUAAACAUGAAGCCAAAGAAGCACUUUAGAGUCUCCAAAAGAGGGAUCCUUAUAAAGGGCAACUGGAAGGCUGUGGAGCUCGACCCCUGCGUUUUUGCUAAUGAAGGCAUGGGAGAAGUGGUGUGUUUUGAAGAACUCGCAGAUUAUUCCCUGGCCGACUCGAAAAAGAUUGCAGCCAUAUCUGGGGUGAUCAAGGACACAAGUGCCAAAAAGAAGAGAAAAAAGAAGAGAAAAGCCAGUGAAAUCGAGGCUGAAGAACAUGACUUGGAGGAAGCUCAGGAUGAAAUCCUCCAGCUGUCAUGCGAAGGGAGUCCAGCGAAGAAGCGGAAAAAGAAGAAACAUGAGAGUGAUGUGCUCACAGAUGAUGAUCAGGAUGACCUAGGGAGUUUGGCUGAAGAAGGAGAGGGCCAGAUACCAGAAGACACCGAUGAGGACACUGAGCUUACAGCAGAGAUGACACAAAAGACCAAGAAGAAGAAGAAAAAGAAACCAAAAACUGCAGAGCAAACGGAGACUGAUGCCCAAGUGGACGUUACUAAUGAGGUCCAGGUUCCAUCUAAAAGAAAAGCCAAGAACUGGGCAGAUGCAGCUCUUUCAAAAACAGCAGGGCAGGACACGGACAUAUCAGCAUGGAAAGAGCUGUUUGUACCUGAACCGGUGCUAAAAGCACUGAGCAAACUUGGAUUUUCUGCACCGACACCGAUUCAAGCUCUCGCUCUUCCUCCUGCCAUUCGAGAUCGCCUGGAUAUUCUGGGUGCAGCAGAGACAGGAAGUGGAAAGACCUUGUCUUUUGGAAUUCCGAUGAUCCACAGUAUAUUGGAGUGGAAGAAAACCAUCGAGAGUAAAAAAGCGGGUGCAGACAGGAAAUCGGACUCUGUGGCAGAUGUGCAGAGCAUUUACUUGCCUUCGGUCAGAGACUCAAAAGGCAAGUUUGGAGAGGCUGAGGGGCAACGGUCAAACAAGACUGGUGGUACCUUGACUGACAAAGAAGCAACAAGCACAGACAAAGCCUCUAGUUCGCAGAACGACAAUACAGACAACGAACAUGAGGAAGAGAAUCCUACCGAGGAUGAAGGUAGUGUGGAAGGUCAAGAUGAGGCUGAUGAUUGUGGUUCUGCUGAUGGCCAUCAAAGUCAAGAUGAUGAUGAUGAUGAUAAGGAAGGUGCAAACCAGAGCAUGAGCUUUAUUACAGAGAAAGAAGAAAAAGAUGACGGGAAACAGCCUUUACUUGGACUUGUUCUCACACCGACCAGAGAACUAGCAGUGCAAGUCAAGCAUCAUAUUGAUGCUGUAGCACAGUUUACAGAUAUUAGAACUGCUCUUCUGGUGGGUGGGAUGGCACCACAAAAACAAGACCGAAUCUUGAAGCGCAGGCCAGAGAUUGUUAUCGCAACGCCAGGGCGCUUGUGGGAGAUGAUUCAGAAUAAACAUCCUCAUCUGCGCAACCUAAGGCAGCUCAGGUGCCUGGUCAUUGAUGAAGCCGACCGCAUGGUUGAAAAAGGUCAUUUUGCUGAGCUUGAGAACUUGCUGGAGAUGCUCAACACGUCCCAGGCCAACCCAAAGAGACAGACCUUUGUGUUCUCCGCUACACUAACCAUGAUCCACAGCCUCCCUGCCCGAGUGCUGCGCAAGAAGGGAAAGAAGCUGGAGCAACGCAGCAAGCUGGAGGUGCUCAUGGAGAAAGUAGGGAUCAAAGGCAAGCCGAAAGUGAUUGACCUCACCCGGAAAGAAGCCACAGUGGAAACGCUGACCGAAACGAGGAUCCACUGUGACAAGGAUGAGAAAGAUUAUUAUCUCUACUACUUUCUGCUGCAGUACCCUGGGCGCACUAUGGUGUUCGCCAACAGCAUUGACUGCAUCAAGAGGCUUAAUUCACUACUAACUAUUUUGGAUUGCACCCCACUACCACUGCAUGCUAAUAUGCACCAGAAACAGCGGUUGAAAAACCUGGAGAGAUUUGCUGAGAGGGAAAGCUGUGUCCUUCUCACGACGGACGUUGCGGCUCGAGGGCUUGACAUUCCAGAUGUCCAGCAUGUCAUCCACUAUCAAGUCCCACGAACUUCUGAGACCUAUGUCCAUCGGAGUGGACGUACAGCUCGUGCUGCAAAAGAGGGUCUAAGUUUGCUCCUGAUUGGUCCAGAUGAUAUGAUGAAUUAUAAGAAAAUCUAUAGGACACUGAGCAAGGAUGAGGACCUUCCAAUGUUUCCUGUUCAGAACAAAUGCAUGACUGCAAUUAAGGGACGUGUUGAUGUGGCAAGAAAAAUAGAAAAGAUUGAAUACUACAACAGCCGCCAGAAGCAGCACAAUUCUUGGUUCAGGCAGGCGGCAGAGGAAAUGGACAUUGACCUUGAUGAUGACUUGCUUUUGGGAGGAGGCAAUGAUGAAGAGAUUGAAAGAGAGCAACAGAAACAUGUGAAAGGCUUAAAGAAACACCUGAAGCACCUGCUCUCACAGCCAGUCUUCAAAGCCCACAUGAAAACUAAAUACCCUACUCAGAUGGGCAAACUUCAGCUGCCUGAGCUACCUUUGGCCAAAGAAACGGCUCUCCUUAGUGUGACCAACCAAAAACAGAAAGACAAACAAAAGAAGCAGAAAUGGAAACAGCAACAAGUGUAGUGAUAUUUAUAGUAGUUGAUGAUUAACUUUUAAAAAAAAAAGUCAAGGCUUUUUAUUCCAUUAGUGAUCCAUGUCUUUAUGUACUUUUGUAUUUAGGACAUUGUCACCAUAACAGAACAGUUUCUUAUUUAUUGGCAACGAAAAAUUUAACAUUAAAA